AUGCACGAGCUCUUCCUCUCAACUCAAGUCGCCAAUGAAGAUCUUCAGAGAGCUCUACGCAUCCUUCAGGGAUACUGUGGUAUGAAGCCGGUGACCUUACUUCGUCGCCGACUGAUAUGGGAAGGGCCUCGAACGCGCAGCAGCUUAAAAGGAAUCGAUCCAGGACUCCUUCAAAAACAGCCAUGGAAAUCUUUAUACGAUCAACUAGUCCGGCAAUCGUAUGUCAUCGCUCUGUUAUAUGACAUUGAUCGGGAUCAAUUUGGCCAGAGUGAGAAAGCUGCAGACGAAGAUGGCGAGGACUUAAUAGACUGUGACCAGCUUCCUGGAAGCCUUCGAUGGACGGACCUACCCGAUCCAGCCGGUGGCAGGCCCGUCAACAGUCGUCUCCUUAUUACUAUCGAUGAUGAGAAGGGGCUAUGUACAGUACUAAAGUCGAUGAAUCAUAGAUUUAUCCAGGAAAUGAUCCAAGAAUGCCAUCGAUUCGUUCUUGGAAAUAUAGUCUUCGACUUAAGCCGUUACUUACAGCUUCCUCCAAGUGAUACGGAGCCAAUAUCAAGUAUCAGAACCCGAUUGCCGACCUAUGAGUCUCUUAUACCCUUGGACUCGGAGAACAAGUGGAUUCUGACAGCUAGCGCAUUGGUCUUAAACGGGAGCAACCCAGAUCACAAGCAGAAAGGAAUCGAUGAAUUGAUGACUGUGAGGACGGAGUUUGAGGGAUGCUUUGAUUUCCAGGCACUUGAUAGGCACAUAUUUGACACGAGAGUAAAAUUCUGA